AUGAUCAACUUCACCGGAAUCACAACCGAGGCGUGUAAAAACAUAGUUUUGGCAGGGAUAGGAUCCAUCACUAUUGCAGAUGAAGGCUUAGUACAGAUUGAAGAUCUAGGGGCGGGUUUCUUUUUCAGAGAUGAAGAUGUAGGAAAACAGCGAGUGCACGCUGGUAGGGAUCGUAUCAAUAGUCUGAAUCCACGAGUUCAAGUCAUUGGGAUCAGCGAACAGGUAUCCACCAAAAUUACGGACAUCGAAUUCUUGAAGACAUUCAAUGUGGUAUGCCUGAAUGAUUCAAACUCUUUUGUAAUUUCAGAGGUCAAUACAGCAUGUAGGAAAGCUGGUGUACCUCUGUUUGUAUCAGGAUGCUUAGGACUAGAUGGCUACCUCUUUGUUGACUUGAUCGACCACACUUAUCUCAGAGUAAAAGACGUCGGUUUUGGAGGGGAAAAGACUCAAGAGAAGAAAUGUCAAAAAUUCGUUCACUUUAGUGAGAUGUUAGAAGGAUCGUUGAACCAUGUAACACCUCGUCGACAUAAAAAAAUUUCACCGAUGUUAUUGGGUUGUCUCGCACUCUUCCAAUUCCAAGCUAGCCAUGAAGGAAUGUUACCACAGGGAUCAGAUGACUUACCUGCGUUGGUUGAAAUUUGCGAUCAGGUCAUCAAAAAACGUAAUUUGCAGCAGGUAUCCACUCCUACAACAAUAUUAGAGAGAUUGUGUCAGUCAUCAGGGGCCGAAUUUGUUGCCACUUGUGCCAUUGUCGGAUCCGUGAUGUCUCAAGAAGUAUUAAAUGUACUUGGCGCACAGCAACCUCCGGUAGUGAAUUUGUUUGUAUUUGAUGGACAACGGUGUGCUGGGGAUGUAUAUGCUUUAGGUGCUCUUCGUAUCGAGCCGUGGUGA